AUGACAGGAACCAGCAGCAAACGCAAGUUCGCAGACUCAUGGUAUUCAGACGGCGAGGAGCCAGUCCGGAAAUCUUCAGCGGCGAGCAAUGGAUUCGGAGUAGCGCAAACGCUGUCCCUUCUUCAGAAUGACAACGCCUCUACUGCAGAUACGACCAGCGAGGACGUGCGCAAGGCCCAGGAGUCGACAAUAACGGGACAUGUUUCCAAGAAGAAACGCGUGGAUGGGGAAAAGGUCAAAUAUCCCACGCUCACUUACGUCGAACGCAAACUGCAGUCAUCCAUACGAAUCGCCGAUUUGCAAGGCUUACUGCUAUACUGUUUCGCGGAUGGGAUUGCGCCGCAGUGGAUUUCUGUCAAGCACUCCGGUCAUGUCAGGAAGGUGGUCGUGUUAAUGGUCCCGGGAUUGGAGUUGGGCAUGUUUGAUGGAACCAUUCCGUUGGAUGACCAGCAAGAACAGAGGGAAAAGGGUUCCAAAAUGGAUGACCCAGAGGAUCCUGCAGAGUCACACUGCAAGAAGGGAGAAGAGGGCGAUGGGAAGUCGGACUUUCAUCGAUGGAAACAAGGUCUGCCGCUGGAGGAUAAAUCUCAUCGUUUCAAUCCCCGGCCUUUGGCGCGGGACAACCUCCCGGGGCCAUUGCAGCCGUUGGCGGAUAUGUUCCCCCAUGUCUGGCCGGUGAAGGCGCCCGGAGACAGUAAGUAUAACAAGGUACACUCCCCUCUGCAGGCUAUUUUACUCUCUUCCCUGCCCAAAUCUAAGGAAAUAAAUGGCCAUGCAAAAGGACCUCGAGCACCCAGAGACAAAAAUUUCGUCCCGAAGCGGACGCCUAUUACAACCUUUAUCAGCUCGUUAGAGGACCUCUGUGAGAAUGAAUACGUCUUGCAUCCAGCCUUUUUUCAGACAGAAGCGGCAAAGUCAGCUGCAAUGGAAGCCCGUAAACAUGCCGGUCAAGCUGCCGAGGAUGGCUGGGUAGACACCAAUGUCCCGAGCCUGGAAGCUGGGGACGUACCAGAGGAAGAAAUCCAACAAGGAAGCAUGACCGCAGGCCGUGAUGUGCUGGCCAUAGACUGCGAGAUGUGUCUGACGGAAGGUGGAAACUCAGAGCUCACACGUAUCAGCCUGGUUCGCUGGGACGGGGAGGUGGUGCUCGAUGAACUGGUGAAGCCACAACGGCCGAUUAUUGACUAUCUCACCCGAUUUUCGGGCAUUACUAAGGAGAAGCUGGAUCCCGUCACCACAACACUGGAUGACAUCCAGCAAAAACUCCUCUCAAUUCUCACGCCAAGCACGGUACUCGUGGGCCACUCUCUCAACUCCGACCUCAAUGCAUUGAAACUAACGCAUCCUUUCAUCGUGGACACCUCCAUUAUCUACCCGCACCCGCGUGGACCUCCGCUCAAAUGCAGCCUUAGAUGGCUAACGCAGAAGUACCUGGGCAAGGAGAUCCAAAAGGGGCAAACGGGCCACGAUUCCAUCGAAGAUGCACAAGCCGUUCUCGAGCUCGUGAAGCAGAAAUGCGAAAAGGGCGAAAUGUGGGGUACUAGCGAAGCAUCGAACGAGAGUAUCUUCCGCCGUCUCGCCCGAUCUUCCAGACCAGUCAAAUCAACCACUGCCGCCGAAGGGCGGACAGGCGCUGUCGUGGAUUGGGGCAGCCCUGAACGAGGUUUUGGAUCGCAGGCAACCGUCGCAAUCGGGUGCAUUGACGAUGAAUCCGUCGUCAAGGGCGUCGCUUCCGCCGUGAACGGUGACGAGGCUCAUCCUUCCAUCCCCGGCGGCGGAGUAGACUUCACCUGGGCCCGACUGCGCGAACUCGAAAUUAUCCGAGGCUGGUGUAAUCGCAUCCCAGACCCAAACUUCGCCAAUGCAUCGACUGCGUUGAUUCCACCGGAAGAAAGAACCCCCUGCCCUGGUCCGGCAGUAGCCACUGUUUCUGAUCCUACCACAACCCCGAUGCAACAAAAGUCUUCUACUAUCUCGACGCUAGCCAGUACCGUCUCCCGUACUGUUUCCAACAUCGCGAGGAUCUACGACUCCCUACCCCCCUGCACUCUCUUCAUGGUCUACUCGGGCACUGGUGAUCCACGCGAGGUUUCCCGGUUACAGGCCAUGCACAAGCAAUACCGGGAGGAAUUCCAUUCUCGGAAGCCCUGGGAUGAACUAACCGUGAAAUGGACGGAUACGGAGGAGCAAGCCCUGAAGAAAGCCUGUGAGAGGGCUAGGGAAGGAUGUGGGUUUAUGUGCGUGAAAUGA